AUGAGCCUUAAUUUCUGCUUCUUCUUUCCUCCCUUAGUCCCUAUAUAUAAAUGUCCAUCACCUUCAACAUUUCAAGCAAAUUAACUACAUUCUGUUAAAUUUCCCGAUGGCUUUCAAUUGGGUUUUUAAUGUUGCACAUACAAUUGUUGUUGGAAACCCAGUUGAAGCCAACAAAUUACCACAGAACAAGAGCAUCGCUGUUUCAAAUGGAAAACAGGAGCAAGAUAUAGAGAAGACUGCUAUAAUGGGGUUCCAAAUGCCACUGCAUUAUCCAAGAUACACAAAAGCUGAUUACCAGAAUAUGGAGGAAUGGAAACUCGACGCACUUCUCAGAGAAUAUGGACUUGUUUUUCAGGGGACAGUUGACGAGAAGAGGCGAUUUGCCAUGGGAGCAUUUCUGUGGCCGGAUCAACUUUAACUUAUAUACUCGUCCGAAUUGAGAGAGAGCUCAAGAAAACAAACGUGCUAAUUAGAAUCUUCUGUGUUUUCCUCAUAAUAGCCGAAUACUCAAAUGUAUUUGAGAUUAAAGCAUAGUUUUUACUUACUAUAUUGCUCGGAUGUCUAAAAUUGUUGCGUCCGAUCCGCGCCAUAUAUAAGUUUAUGGGUUCGAGAUUCUAGUUCUUUUUAAGUUAUUGGGUUCUAAAUCAUAAUUUGUACAUAUUUCAUGAAUUUCACAAGACCUACUGGAUUUUGCCAAACCCGUUAGCAGAAGGAUAGCUCUGCCUCUGGCGUUGUUGCUAUGUGCGUUUAUAAUUGUAGAGUCUUCCUUCUUCAAAUAUCUCGUAAUAUACAAAAGGAAGUCAAUACUCACGUUUGCUGUUUA